AAGACUUGUUUUUGUUUAUUUGUCAACGUACCACAACGUACGUCAAACAGUUGCGAUUUACAUUCGUUAUUCUUGAGACAUUAGUGCAUUGAACCCAUUAUUUCCAGCUCAAGAUAACAGAUAAAUCCCGGACAAAGCUCUGGGAACAGAGUAGGGCCUCCUAACGAUCCAGACUUUUGCUUCAGAUUGAUUUUUGUGUUUAAAUUAGGGUGCAAGAUGAAAAUCCGCAACAUAAUCACCUCAUUUCGGACGAGAAAGCCCCAACGAUUCACUCUCUCCAACUCUGUGAGUUUGGAAGACUGUUCGAAUGAAGCGACCUCAGACAGACACCCUGGGCUCAAGGACUCAUCUCUGAAUAAUUCCUUUGAUAUUUCGCCUAGAAAGCACCGUCCGUCCGUUUACAAACAAUUCGCCCCAGGGGCCCAGAAGGGCAGUAACUCGUCCCGCUCAAGUCCAGCCACGAUGUCUUCCAUAGUUUUGCUAGUUCUGGCGGCAGUUUUUCUGAUAGUUCCUCUUAUAUAUUUGGUGAAUCGGUUUGAUGUCGUAUACGAGGAUCGAGCAUUGAAGCGCAACCCGAUCGUGCAGCCUUUUGGGGUAAUGCAGGCGCAGUCAGUUUCGACCAAACCAGUGGAACCGUCCAGCGAACCUAUCAAACUGCUGCCACCUCCCAAGCCAGAUUAUGGACAGUGCAAGCUGUUGAAGGAUGGUGAUAAAUUCGACUGUUUUCCCGAGAAUGGGGCUAGUUUAGAAGGAUGUGAGGCCAGAGGCUGUUGUUGGAUACCGGCUAAAACUAAGCCCAAAAAAAUUAACAACAUUCCGCUGGACGUGCCAUAUUGCUUCUACCCGCCCAACCAUGAGACUUACAAGAUCGUAAACGUGACACAGACUGCCUUUGGUCUGGUGGCCUUUUUGCAAAGAAAGUACUUGAGCGGCUACCCCCAGGAUGUUACGGACAUUCAAAUGGUGGUCAAGUACGAGACGGAGAACCGGCUGCAUGUCAAGUUCACCGACCCGGCUAACAAUCGCUUUGAGCCGUUUUUCCCCGAGGUGCCGGUGGUCGAUCGCGCGGCUCAAAACUUGAACUUCGUUUUUGAGCUGGACAUGUUCAAGCCCGGCUUCAAGGUGGUAAGGAAGGCCGAUAACACCACCAUAUUCGACUCAAAUAGCUUUUUGGAUUUCACUUUCUCCAAUCAGUUCAUGCAAAUGAGCAGCCGCCUACCGUCUGAGUAUAUUUAUGGUCUUGGGGACCACACUUCGAACUUGCUUCUUAGCACUCAGUGGGCCAGAUUCACCCUGUGGAACCAUGAUAAUCCUCCCUGGCCCAACGAAAACUUGUAUGGGUCGCACCCGUUUUAUCUUCUGAUGGAGAAUUCGUCCAGAAGUCACGGGGUUUUUCUACUGAAUAGCAAUGCCAUGGAUAUUUUGCUGCAACCCACCCCAGCUGUAACGUUUCGCACCAUAGGCGGCAUCUUGGAUUUCUACUUCUUCAUGGGGCCGAGCCCUAGAGAUGUGAUCGCGCAAUACACCGAACUGAUUGGACGGCCUUUUAUGCCGCCCUAUUGGGGCCUGGGCUUUCAUCUGUGUCGCUUCGGCUACAAGACUUUGAACGAAACGCGCGAGGUGCUGGACAGCAAUCUAAAGGCGGGCAUUCCUAUUGACACCCAGUGGAACGAUCUGGAUUACAUGAACAACAGUAACGACUUCACCUACGACCAUAUUAAGUACGAAGGUUUACCCGAGUUUGUAGCGGCGCUGCAUGGGAUCGGGAUGCAUUAUAUCCCGUUGGUCGAUCCGGGCGUUAGCGCAGCUGAAAAGCCAGGCACUUACCCGCCGUAUGAUGUCGGGAUUAACAUGGGGAUUUUUGUAAAGAAUUCCUCAGGACAGCCGUUUAUUGGCAAAGUGUGGAACGCGCAUUCAACAGUGUGGCCCGACUUUACCAACCCCGACACUGUGGACUACUGGACGCUGAUGCUGAGGGACUUCCACAAAGAGGUACCUUUUGAUGGCGCCUGGAUCGACAUGAACGAACCGUCCAACUUUCUAUCGGGCUCCUUUAGCGGCUGCCCCAAGUCGGAACUGGAAAGCCCCCCGUAUGUACCAGCAGUGGAUGGGGGCGUUCUCAACUACAAAACUAUGUGCAUGACCGCUAAACACUACGAAGGGCUGCAUUACGAUGUGCACAACUUGUACGGGUUCACCGAAGCCAUUAUUACCAGCUUCGCCAUGGCAGUGAUCAGAGGCGCACGUCCCAUGGUAAUUUCAAGAUCGACGUUCAGUGGGCUGGGGCACUAUACCGGACAUUGGAGCGGCGACGUUUUUUCCACAUGGGACGGCCUGAAGCAGAGCAUUCCCCAUUUAUUGAGCUUCAGUCUGUUUGGCAUACCGCUGAUGGGCGCUGAUAUUUGCGGCUUCAACGGCAACACUACUGUAGCGCUGUGUAAUCGGUGGCAGCAGUUGGGCGCCUUUUACCCAUUCUCCCGCAACCACAACACUGAUGAUGGGAUACCGCAGGAUCCCGCCUCAAUGGGCGAUUUGGUGGUGGCAUCCACUAAGAAGGCCCUGGAAGUGAGAUACGCCCUUCUGCCCUACUUGUACACGCUGUUCUUCAGGGCGCACGUUGAUGGCGAUACAGUAGCUCGCCCCUUGUUCUUCGAGUUCUUCAGCGAUAAGAAAACAUUCGGCAUUGACACCCAAUUCCUAUGGGGAAGCGCCGUUAUGAUCGUGCCAGUUUUAGAGGAAAACGCCACGACUGUAAAGGCUUAUUUCCCCGCAGCACUUUGGUUUGAUUACUAUUCUAAGGCUCAGGUAACGAGUGCGGGAGAGUAUGUAAAUGUGAGUGCGCCUCUGGACACUAUUCCGGUGUUUAUUCGAGGAGGCACCAUUUUACCGCGCCAGGCGCCUCUCCGCACUACCACAGAGAGCAGAAAGACCUCGAUUGAGCUCUUGGUUGCGCCUGACGAGAACGGCGCAGCCCUCGGUGAGCUUUUUUGGGACGACGGAGAUUCAUUGAAUACUAUCGAAGAAAAACGAUAUUCCCUGAUUGAUUUCAAGCUGGAAAAUGGCAUUUUGCGGGGCGAAAGCUUGGCUUGGGCACAGGAAUAUCCGCCCAAUUUAGGCUCUGUAACUGUCUUAGGGCUGCAGCAGCCAAUCAGCCAGGUGCUGGUCAACGGACAGUCAUUCACUUUCAAGUUCGACACUGUGCACAAGUGCCUGCUCAUUGACAAUCUCAACGUUUCCUUCGAGAACCCCCUAGCCAUUACCUGGAAAUGAGCGUCUGUUAGCUUAUUUUCGUAUUUUAACCCUCGCUGUGCUUUUAUCGAUAAUUUAGGCUCAAAUUAAUUUGCCAAAGAAUAUCAUAUUUACGAUGGUUUAAGUAGUUGAAUGAGCUUCAACUAGAAAAAUUUGUGAUCAGAUUUCAAGGCUGAGAUGAUGUGCCAAACUGACUCAAUUUCUCCACACAUUCUUCGUCCAUAGCUGUUAAGAUUGUAAAGUUUAAUCGGGUGUUAGAGCGGGAUGUGAUAUUUUAAAGCGGUUACCAUAGAGUUAAAUGUUUGCGCUUCUGUGUCCUUUCGGCAAGGAAUAAAUAGCUUUCCUCGAAA